CAGCAACAACAAGAUCAGUCAGCGCGGAGCUGACGACCAGAGACGCAUGCUCUACCGAAAAGCCUCUUCGUCUCUCUCUAUCAACACCCUCUUUGUGCGUAGCCGCCUCGACCUAAUAGGGAUUCUGCAGAAGCGUCAACAGGUCGCAGUCGCCACAGCAGAGGGUGACAUCGUCGCACGACUUGAUCGUCAUUGCAUGCAGCGGAUACGUCCGUCACACGGCUCGGAGGACGCGUCCCACCAGGUGGACCAGCCAGAUGGUAAACGUCGCCCAUCAGGUGCCGGAAUGCUGUCAAAUAAGCGCCAUUGGCUCGAGUGCACAUGCUCACUUCUCGCUGCUAUCGUGUUUGUUUGUGAGCUGCUCAGCGUGAUUGCCAUACUGGAAGGCGUGUGCCCGCCGCCCGACCAGCGUUCAAGAGCGAGCCGGCUCAAGCAAGACAACAAUGUUGGGAAUCUGUUCCAGACGCAAGCUUGGUGCCCGACCUCUGGCCCGGGUCUCGUCCUUGCAGACCUAGUCCGUAGGGUCAGGAACCAAGCGUGGUGGGAUUGACGCCGCCCGUAGAACGUGGUCUCGGAUACCAUCGUGGACCAUUGCCUUCGAAAUUGGUCAUCACGAGCAGGAGGUACUCAGAGGCAAAAAUAUGCCUAACCGGAAAACAAUCACUGGGGCACUCUGGAUGAAGUAUUCAUAAUGGCGUCCACUUGGAAAGAAAAUAAAGCAGAAUUAGGGUGUUGCUUGUUA